AUGUGUUUGAUGAAUCAAGUAUUUAGUGCGUAUUUGGGUAAGUUCAUGGUGGUCUUUAUUGAUGACAUUCUGGUCUACUCGAAAGACCGGGAUGGCCAUGAGAAACAUCUACGUUUAGUCCUGCAAACUCUGCGAGAAAAUAAAUUGUGCGCGAAAUUGUCAAAGUGUGACUUUUGGUUGGAAAGGGUCUCAUUUUUGGGUCAUUUUUUUUCGAAGGAGGGUAUUUCGGUCGAUCUGGCGAAGGUAGAGGCAGUUCGAAGCUGGUCGUCACCUAAGAACGUCACCGAGGUACGGAGUUUUCUAGGCUUAGCCGGGUAUUACCAUCGUUUUGUCAAGGAUUUCUCACGCAUUGCUCGGCCUAUGACUUCGUUGAUGAAGAAAGAGAAGAAGUUCGAGUGA